GUUACGGGGUGACGCUUCUGCUUUUUUUUUAAUACAGGCAUAAUAACAUUAUUAUUUACCUAAUAACACGUAAAUGUCACUUCGGGGUGUCUCAUAACGGCGCUUUCCCUGCUCAGAACGACAGACUCUGCUCCCGGCUGUUAUAACUUCAAGGCCCUUCAGCAAUCGUUAUUUAACACAUCAAGCCGGCGGGCGGGAUGGCCGGGAACAGCCUGGUGCUGCCCAUCGUGCUGUGGGGCCGCCGCGCCCCCACGCACUGCGUGUCCUCCCUGCUGCUCAUGGACGGCGCCACCGUCAUCGUCACCGGCUGCCACGACGGCCAGAUCUGCCUCUGGGACCUCAGCCCGGACCUGCAGAUUAAUCCCCGAGCUCUACUGUUUGGUCACACGGCCUCAGUUACUUGUUUAUCCAAGGCCUCAGCUUCCAGUGAAAAACAAUAUAUAGUGAGUGCAUCUGAGAGUGGGGAGAUGUGCCUGUGGGAUGUGAACGAUGGGAGAUGCAUCGAGUUCACCAAACUGGCCUGCGCGCACACGGGAAUUCAGUUCUAUCAGUUCACAGUCGGCUCGCAGCGGGAAGGGAGGCUCCUAUGCCACGGGCAUUAUCCCGAAAUUCUGGUGGUGGAUGCCACCAGCCUGGAAGUUCUUUAUUCCCUGAUAUCCAAGAUCUCUCCUGACUGGAUCAGCUCCAUGAGCAUCAUCCGAUCCAACAGGACACAAGAGGACACCGUGGUGGCCGUUUCCGUGACCGGCAUCCUGAAAGUCUGGAUCAUCACCUCGGAAGUCAGUCGGCUCCAGGAUACCACGCCUGUGUUUGAGGAGGAAUCCAAGCCCAUCUACUGCCAGAACUGUCAGAGCAUUUCCUUCUGCGCCUUCACCCAGCGCUCGCUUCUGGUCGUGUGCUCCAAGUACUGGAGAGUUUUUGAUGCUGGGGAUUAUUCCCUUUUAUGUUCAGUUCCCAGUGAAAACAGUCAGACCUGGACUGGUGGGGACUUUGUGGCAGCUGACAAAGUGAUUGUGUGGACAGAGGAUGGACAAAGUUUCAUCUAUAAAUUACCAGCCAGCUGCCUCCCAGCCAGCGACUCGUUCCGCAGGGACGUGGGGAAAGCCGUGGAAAACCUGAUCCCACCUUUGCUGUACAGCGUGUUGGACAGGGCAGAGAAACAGCUCCUGAUAUGUCCUCCAGUCACUCGCUUCUUCUGUGGCCAGGGAGAGUUCUCCUACAAGCUGCUGAUCCAAGGAGACUCCUCGGGGAGAUUGUGCAUCUGGAGCGUGCCCGACGCUCUGGAACAGCGAGAGAGUGCAAGAGGCCUGCCAAGCACCACCUCCAUCUCCCUGCAGGAAGCUUUCGACGAGCUGAGCCCUCGCCCCGCGGGCAUCAUCGACCAGCUGAGCGUGGUGCCCGGGCUGGGCGAGCCGCUGCGGGUGACGGCCAGCGUGUACAUCCCGGCCCACGGGCGCCUGGUGUGCGGCCGCCAGGACGGCAGCGUGGUCAUCGUGCCCGCCACCCAGACCGCCAUCGUCCAGCUGCUCCAGGGAGAGCACAUGCUCCGCAGGGGUUGGCCGCCCCACCGGACGCUGCGGGGCCACCGGAACAAGGUGACGUGCCUGCUAUACCCUCACCAGGUGUCCUCCCGCUACGACCAGCGCUUCCUGGUCUCGGGAGGGGUGGACUUCUCCGUCAUCGUCUGGGACAUCUUCUCGGGGGAGAUGAAGCACAUCUUCUGCGUGCACGGCGGCGAGAUCACCCAGCUCCUCGUGCCGCCCGACAACUGCAGCGCCCGAGUGCAGCACUGCGUCUGCUCCGUCGCCAGCGACCACUCGGUGGGCCUGCUGAGCCUGCGGGAGAAGAAGUGCAUCAUGUUGGCCUCCCGCCACCUCUUCCCCAUCCAGGUCAUCAAGUGGAGACCCGCCGAUGACUACCUGGUGGUGGGCUGCUCCGACGGCUCCGUGUACGUCUGGCAGAUGGACACCGGCGCCCUGGACCGGUGCGUGAUGGGCAUCACGGCGGUGGAGAUCCUGAACGCCUGUGACGAGGCCGUGCCCGCCGCCGUGGACGCCCUCAGCCACCCCGCCGUCAACCUGAAGCAGGCCAUGACCCGCCGCAGCCUGGCCGCCCUCAAGAACGUGGCCCACCAGAAGCUGCAGACCUUGGCCACCAACCUCCUGGCUUCCGAGGCCUCCGAUAAGGGGAAUUUACCCAAAUACUCCCACAAUUCCCUGAUGGUCCAGGCCAUCAAGACCAACCUGACAGACCCCGACAUCCACGUGCUGUUCUUCGACGUGGAGGCCCUGAUCAUCCAGCUGCUGACGGAGGAGGCGUCCCGGCCCAACGCCGCCCUCGUCUCCCCGGAGAACCUCCAGAAGGCCUCCGGCGCCUCCGACAAGGGCGGCUCCUUCCUGACCGGCAAACGGGCGGCCGUGCUCUUCCAGCAGGUCAAGGAGACCAUCAAGGAGAACAUCAAGGAGCACCUGCUGGAUGACGAGGACGACGAGGACGACGCGCUGAGGCAGAGGAGGGAAGACGGCGACCCGGAAUAUCGCGCCAGCAAAUCCAAACCGCUUACCCUGCUGGAGUACAACCUGACCAUGGACACGACCAAGCUCUUCAUGUCCUGCCUGCACGCCUGGGGCCUCAACUCCGGGCUGGAUGAGCUGUGCCUGGAGCGCCUGGGAAUGCUGAAGCCUCACUGCUCCGUGUCCUUCGGCCUCGUGUCCAGAGGAGGCCACAUGUCCCUGAUGCUGCCCGGCUACAACCGGCCCGUGGGCGGAGCAGGCGGGGAGCCGGGCGGGAAGGUGUCCGGCGCCGAGGGGCCGGGCAAGGGCACCUACGGCGUGUCCCGCGCCGUCACCACCCAGCACCUGCUCUCCGUCAUCUCCUUGGCCAACACCCUGAUGAGCAUGACCAACGCCACCUUCAUCGGCGACCACAUGAAGAAAGGGCCCACCAGGCCACCCAGACCUGGCACCCCCGAGCUGGCCAGAGCGAAGCCACCACCCCCUCCCGUUUCCAGCCAAGGACAAAUUAAACAAGUUGCUCCUGCUGCUCCUUCUAACCUGGAAUCUGGGCACUCUGACACUGCUCCUCCUUUACAUUCCUGUUUCUUAGUCAAUGAAGGCUGGAGCCAGCUGGCAGCCAUGCACUGUGUGAUGCUCCCGGACCUGCUGGGCCUGGAGAAGUUCCGCCCCCCUCUCCUGGAGAUGCUGGCGCGCCGCUGGCAGGACCGAUGCUUGGAGGUGCGGGAGGCGGCGCAGGCGCUUCUCCUGGCCGAGCUGCGGCGCAUCGAGCAGGCGGGACGCAAGGAGACCAUCGACGCCUGGGCCCCCUACCUGCCCCAGUACAUGGACAGCGUCAUCUCCCCUGGAGUGCCCACAGAAGCUGCUCAGACUGGCACUGCCAGCCCAGAAUCCGUGGGCACAGAGGGCAAAGUGCAGGAGGAGGAGCAGGACCUGGGGGAUGAUGAUAUUGCAGCGGGGUGUCUCUCGGGCCUCCCCCAGCCCAAGAAGGUCUCCACGUCCUACGAGGAGCGGCGCAAACAGGCCACGGCCAUCGUCCUGCUGGGGGUCAUCGGGGCCGAGUUCGGCGCCGAGAUCGAGCCCCCCAAACUCCUGACCCGGCCCCGCAGCUCCAGCCAGAUUCCCGAGGGAUUCGGCCUCACCAGCGGCGGAUCCAACUAUUCCUUGGCCAGGCACACGUGUGAGUACCCCCAGCUGCAAACUCCUUCCUUGACAUCCCUUUUCCCCCUGGGAAAGGGGAAG